UUAGGAAUGAUAUCUAUAAAGAAUUUUGUGGGUUUUGAUGGUUAAAUGUUGGAGUCACGGCCCGUGUUUUGGUCGGCAGUUACUGUGCGAGCUGUGUUAAUGAGCUUAUUCCUGUAGUUCCUCUUACCUGCUUCCUGGUACACAAGAAAACAAGCAGCUCACACCAUGGACACGACUCGAGGCAGUAAGGAGAUGGUGCUGCUGGCUGGCAACUCUCACCCAGAACUUGCCCACCUCAUAGCAAGUCGGCUGGGAAAGCCUUUUGGCAACGUUUCUACCUACCACAGCAGCAACCAAGAAACAAUGGUGGAAAUCGGUGACUCCGUAAGGGGACGAGAUGUGUUUAUUCUUCAGACAGGUACAAACCGGCUAGAGGUGACAGUAGGGCGAGCAGAGGUGAAGGAAAUGGCCAACCGAGAGACAAGUGUUGAGAUCAUGGAGUCAGUGAGAGAGAAGAGCGUUUACCUCAUUCAGACGGCCGACCCCAAGGAUGUGAAUAACAACAUCAUGGAGCUGCUCAUCAUGGCCUACGCUUGCAAGACGUCGUCAGCACGCAACAUCGUGGGGGUCAUCCCAUACUUACCCUACUGUAAGCAGAGCAAAAUGAGGAAGAGGGGAUGUAUUGUGUCAAAAUUACUUGCCAAAAUGAUGUACAAGGCCGGCCUGACGCACAUAAUCACCAUGGACUUACACCAGAAGGAGAUUCAGGGGUUCUUCGAGUGCCCCGUCGACAACCUGCGAGCCUCCCCCUUCCUUCUGCAGUACAUCCAGGAGAGUAUUCCUGACUACCGUAAUGCAGUCAUCGUGGCGCGUGAUCCCGGCUCAGCCAAGAAGGCCACAUCCUAUGCCGAGCGUCUCAGAUUGGGAAACGGAAUUGCAGUUAUUCACGGUGAGCAGAAAACAAAUGAAGAUGAACUGGCUGAUGGACGUAACUCUCCCCCACUUGUUCAACACUCACGCAUCAUGGACGUGGGUGUGGGAGUGCCAGCUCUUGCUGCCAAGGAGAAGCCUCCUAUUAAUGUGGUCGGAGAUGUGGGAGGUCGCAUCGCUAUCAUGGUGGAUGACAUGAUUGACGACGUUGCCUCCUUUGUGGCUGCAGCAGAGGUAUUAAAAGACCGCGGUGCAUACAAGAUCUAUGUAAUGGCUACACACGGUCUGCUGUCAUCUGAUGCUCCAAGACUCAUUGAUGAUUCUCCUAUUGAUGAGGUGGUGGUCACCAACACAGUGCCUCAUGAAAUUCAGAAAAUGCAGUGUCACAAGAUCAAGACAGUUGACAUCAGCAUCUUGCUGGCCGAGUCCAUCCGCCGCAUCCACAACAAUGAGAGCAUGAGUUACCUCUUCCGGAAUGUUACACUGGAAGAUUAAACCUCAUCAGACAGCAGAUAUAUAUAUAGAUAUAUAUUGAUACUCUACUACUACUACUACAGUACUAUAUAUUCUUCAUAUAAUGUAAUAAAGAAACAUGAAAAGGUCCUUUUUAAAAUUGUAUUCAUAUUUUAUUUAAGGGACAGCCUUCUGGAGACAUCCAAUUGCCAGAAACAGUAAUGUGAAUAUCUAUAAUUUAUAAUAACUGUCACUGUAGCAUGUAUCAUUAAGUGAGACAAUUGACAAAAUGAUAACAGGUUUUUGGGUGCCUGAUGGCCUGUCGUGUUGUGUAUCUUCAGUUUGCUUUAAUAUUUGUUUCUGGCUGUUGGAUGUCUCUGGAAGACUGCUCCUUGUUUAGUCUUUUAGGUUCAAAUUUUCUUUAGUUUUUAGUUUUAAUUUUCAUCAAGAACCUUUAUGCUGAUGUGUGAAGUUGUUGUCAUAUAACAGUACUGUACUUGUACUGCAUGUGUGGCUAAACUUACCAAGAGAUGACUUAAUAACAAUGCUUCUUGGCCCAAACUCCAGCUGAAAGAAUUUGGAAGAUAUUCUUCUGUACCUGGGCCCAGUGACAUUAUUCAUUCGGACAAAUAUGGUGUGAAUGUCGUAGUUCAUAACUAUUGUGAAUUAAGUUACACAAACUUCUUGUAUAAUUGAAAGUUUGUGUCAGUUUUUAUUGUUCAUUAGAGAAAGUAUUAUUUUAAUUUUGUUUUAUUUUGCAUGUUUUAUAAAAGGAAUUUUAGUCAGUGUGUGUCCUGUGCUGGUCCACACCUGACCAUCCCCAAGUAUGAGAAGCAUACAGGUACUCACUGUCACUUUUGGCUCAAAAUAUUUUUGUCGUCAAAAUAAAGAUAAAUGGAUAUAUUAUGUCCAGUGUUUCUCCAGUACAAAACACACAAACACAUCCUCCAUUUUUAUCAGCUAUUCAGCAAUAGUUCAACUCAUAGUACUCAUUCUUAACACAAAAUAAUGGUGGCUGGCUGCAAGAACAGCCAUCCUUCCCUCCCUAAUAAAGCCACUAACAACUGCAUCAAACACCAGGUAAACAAAUUAAUACAGGUGUGUGGGAAGUAUCAUAAGAGAGUGAAGAAAUGCCUCGUGUUGGGUGAGGCUGAAUCAUUAACCCACCUGGUCCACAAGUACUAUCUCAGCCUUAUUAACAUCACUGUCCUUGCUUCUCAACAUCCCACACUGAACCUUAAUCCAUAAUAACACACAACUCUUCCCAUACCUUCAGAGCUCCCCUGAAUUAAUGCCAGUUUGUAUCAAUGAUAAAUAUAUUUUUCACCAGUGAAACCAGAGUGUGUGAUGUACAGUAGCAUACAUAGGUCCUGUCACUUCUACUGCUGCUCUACAAACCCCGAGAUUCAAGGAGCAGUAGAAGAGGCAAUAGGACUUUUGUUCGUGACUGUACAGUACAUAGUUACUUCAUCAUAUAGUGUAGAAUUAUCUCACUAACAUAAGAAUCAACAAUGAAAUUAACUAAUUGUAAAGUCUACAUCUAAUUAUAACCUUAGGACAGUAAUUUGUGUUCAAGUAAACUACCUGUACAACUAUAAUUGCUGUUGAGAUACUGAACUAUACUAAUGCUCACUGAAAUUGAUCAGAUACUGUAUACCUCUUACUUUUAAUAAUAAUAUGUGAUAAUAAGUUCAUUUCAUGGUAUAAUUAUUAAUAAUCUAAGGGUCAGGUUAUGAUACAUCUCUAAUACAAAUCUUAUUUUGAAA